UCGAACCCAAAGACAGAAUAGGCAUAUUUUCCUUGGGGAAAAGCUGGCAUUUCUCAUUUUUCAAAAUGUCUGGGACGUUGGGAAAGCCUAUUACCUGCAGGGCUGCUGUAGCAUGGGGACACAAUCAACCGCUUACUAUCGAGACAGUAGAGGUAGCACCACCUAAAGCGCAUGAGAUCAGAAUAAAACUGGUGUCUGCCAGUAUCUGCCACACAGAUGCCCACAAGGUCUGGAGAGAACAGCCCGCCGAACAGUUCCCACUGGUUCUUGGUCACGAAGGAGCAGGCAUCGUUGAAAGCGUUAGCGAGGGUGUCACGGCAUUUAAAGCUGGUGAUCACGUCAUUCCCUGUUUCCAGCCACAGUGUCGUGACUGCAAAGUAUGCAGCGAUAAUGACAGCAACCUUUGUCUUAAAAGAGAUAAAACAAACUGGGCAUGUCUCCAAAGAGAUGGUACGUCUAGAAUAACCCUCAAGGACGGCCGGUCCUGCAGGCAGAUGAUUGCCUGCAGCACAUUCAGUGAAUAUACCGUGGUACCAGAGAUCCAACUCACCAAGAUCGAUGAGAAGGCUCCCUUGGAUAAAGUUUGCCUCAUAGGCUGCGGUGUCCCCACUGGUUACGGUGCGGCCGUGAAUGUAGCCAAAGUCAAACCCGGCUCCAGCUGUGCUGUAUGGGGCAUGGGCGGUAUCGGGCUGGCGGUAGUCAUGGGCUGCAAGGCUAACGGUGCAACGAAGAUAAUAGGCGUUGACAUCAACUCGGCCAAAAAGGAGAAAGCUAUGCAACUGGGAUGUACCCACUUCGUCAACCCGACAGAACACACCAAGCCAGUCCAGGAGGUGAUUAGCGACAUGACAGAUGGAGUAUUAUGUGACUAUACCUUUGAGUGUAUUGGCAAUGUCAACAUCAUGACAACAGCCCUGCAGUGUGCUCGCCGUGGCGGUGGAAUGUCCGUGAUCAUCGGUGUCCCAGAGGCUGGCAAGACGGCUGCCGUGCCACCUCUUGAUCUUAUCUCUGGCCGACUCUGGACAGGAUGCUACUUGGGAGGUUACAAGUCCCUAGACGGGAUCAAGCUUUUGGUCGAUGAUUUCAUGCAGGGGAAGAUACAGAUCGAUCCACUCAUCACCCAUACCAUUACACUGGAUGAAAUUAACAACGGCUUCGACUUACUCAGAGAAGGAAAAUGUAUUCGGACAGUCAUAAAAUAUUAAGAGGAUGCUUGCCAAGGAUUAUGCCCAUAAAGCAACGACCGCCACUCUGUCGUUGGGCACAUCCUCUGACCGCGCAGUGAAGGACAGCAAAAAGAAAUAAGCAACAACGUCAUUUAGAAAGGGGUUUUACGAUAAGCCUGAUUAAUGCCGCUGGCAGCGUAUCCCGGGAGUUUUCAGUCAUACUCCCCUCUCUACAAGACGUAGGAUUGAAAAACACGGAGUCUCAGAAUGCGGCUGGCUGUGUAGUAAUGAUUUCUCAAAUUGACGUGGUCUGUGUCCACCAAGGCAAAUAGGACAUCCUACGAUAAAGACAGAAAAAAAACAGUCACUGACUGACGUCUUCCGUCCAGAUCCAACCGAUAUCGAUUUUAUUUUUAUGUCGAUAUGUAAAGUUACGUUCUUCAAGCAGAUUGAGGAGUGUCUGUACGGAGACUAGUACAGUUUUAUGAAGAAAUUACUGAAUAAAUUGAGAUGUAAAACAG